GACACUUUAGAAAUGUAUCAUCGUUAAUAUAUAGCUCAACAGGUCGUCAUUUUCACAUUUCAUUGCAUUUUGUUUUGUACACGCACGUUAAUAGCUUUUACUAACAUUUUAUCAUGUACGUACGAACGUGCCAGCAAUGGAUCGGAACCGCCAAAUUGAAGAAGCUUCUCAGGUUCUUGACAGCGUUUCCUUCCGGACCUUUUGGUGGCCCGACAACUCCGUUGGAGACUCUGUUGACGUACCGGAAGAAGGAUCCUUCAUCCAGAAGGACCCCCGAUUCCCACCCUCUAAUAGAUUCAUCGGGAGGACGGAUUCCGGUUCUCGGGAACUUGAGUUCGAUUUUACCAUGUCGGGAUCUCCAUUCUCUGUCGUGUCUGCCAAUGAGCUCUUUGAUGAUGGAAUCAUCCUCCCUCGCUUCUUCGACCCGUCGAUCUUGAAGGCAAAAGAACAGGGCCUCGGCCUCAACCCCGAGCCACAUUCACCUGAACCCUUCACAUCAGGAAGCAAGCGCGAGUCCAAGUCCAAUAUGCCAUCGUGUUUUGUGAGCAGACAACCAACGAGAGCGCUCUUAUUCUUCCGAAAGUACUUGAAUAUCCUGAGGCCGCUGUACUGGGCUAUGGGCCGAGGUGGUACCAAGAAGGGUCAAGCUACAAAGAGCUCAGUUCAUCCUCACGCUUUGUCGGUCGCGAGCUCUUUUAGCUCCAUCUCUGUCUCUGAGAAUUUGAUCCAAGAGGCAAUCUUGCAUUGCAAAAGUUCCAUGUCACUCUCCUAGCUAGUGAGCGACAUAUGACAUAGUAUUGGGUCUCCUGCAUGCUAAUUUAGGAGGAAUGUAAAUGGAAUUCUUCACUUGCAAUUUCUUUUUGAUUGAAAUUGUUUUUUUUUCCUUUUAAAUCGUUGCAUAUAGUUCUUUGAUGGACGUUCGUAUUAAA